AUGGCAUCUUCGGAUGAGGUUUUUGUUGGCAGUAUUGAUCAAGGCACGACCAGUACUCGGUUUCUCAUCUUCGACAAGCGCGGCGAGCCUGUAGCUAUCCAUCAGGAAGAGUUUAGUCAGAUCUAUCCGAAUCCAGGGUCAGCAUUCCUCGCUACCAUUCCGGAUUGUUAUGCGACUAACACAUCGUUAGAUGGCACGAGCAUGAUCCAGACGAGAUUAUUAAGUCGGUGGAGAACUGUAUAGAGGGCGCGCUCAAGAUCUUCGAAAAGGAUGGUCACAAGAAGGAGAGCAUCAAGGCCGUGGGCAUCACCGAUCAGCGAGAGACAACUGUGCUAUGGGAUGUCAAGACAGGCGAGCCUCUGCACAAUGCAAUCGUGUGGACAGACACAAGGACAGCAGCACUGGCAAGAGAGCUCAAAGCUCGACCAGGCAGUGACAAGCUCACGGACAUCUGUGGCCUCCCGAUCUCCACAUAUCCUUCUGUUACCAAGCUAUUAUGGCUGCUCAAGAAUGUCGAGAAGGUUCGAAAGGUCUACGAGGCCGGUAACCUCGCCUUUGGUACGAUCGAUUCCUGGUUAAUAUACAAGCUUAACGGCGGCCCUUCGAGGAAUCGCUUCGUGUCGGAUCCGACGAAUGCUAGCAGAACCAUGUUCAUGGAUAUCCACAAACUAAAGUACAGCGACCACAUGCUCGACUUCUUCUCAUACGAGUUCGACCUGCGCAAGAUUCACAUGCCCGAAAUUGUACGCUCAGCGGAUAAGAAGGCAUUUGGUCAGAUUGAGUCGGGUUCUCUGAAAGGAUGGCCGAUCACUGGAUGCUUGGGAGAUCAGUCGGCUGCACUGGUGGGCCAGAAGGGAUUUGAGCCUGGUGCGGCGAAGAAUACUUACGGUACGGGCUGCUUCUUGCUAUACAACGUUGGAGAGAAGCCGGUCAUCUCGACACAUGGAUUGCUCGCUACUGUGGCCUACGACUUUGACGGCAAGCCAGUGUACGCCCUCGAGGGAUCAAUCGCAGUCGCAGGAUCCGGAGUGAAAUUCCUCAUGCACAACCUCGGCUUUAGCCACGCAUCGCAUAAGAUCACCGAGCUGGCAGAGACCGUCAAGGACAACGGCGGCCUCGUGUUCGUCACAGCGUUUAGCGGUCUCUUUGCGCCUUACUGGAUCGAUGAUGCCCACGGAACAAUGUGUAAGUCAGCAUGCAGUCAGAAUGGUGGUCGAACUAACAUGACACAGUCGGUAUAACACACCACACGGAACGCGGCCACAUCGCCCGCGCCACGCUCGAAGCCGUCUGCUUCCAAACAAAAGCCAUCCUCGACGCCAUGGAAAAGGACAGCGGGCACAAGCUCAGCCAACUCAACGUCGACGGCGGCAUGAGCAAUUCCGCCCUGUGCAUGCAGACCCAAGCCGACCUCGUCGCGAUCCCCAUCGUUCGCCCCAAGAUGAGGGAAACCACGGCCCUCGGAGCAGCCAUCGCGGCCGGAUUCGCCGUGGGUGUGUGGAAAGAUUUCGGGGAGCUGAAAGAAGUCAACACUGCCGGACAGACGGUCUUUGAACCGAAGAUGGAUGAGGCAAGCAGUCGGAAGAUGUUCAAGAAGUGGGAGAGGGCGGUGAGUAUGUGUAAGGGAUGGUUGGCGGAGGAGCAGGCCGACGAGGGAAAGCCCGGGGCGGAGGAGUUGAAAGUCCUUGCGGAGAAGGAACGGGAGGAGGCGUCCAAGUUAUGA